AUGAGCUACCGCCAGCCCCCACCCCACCUCGCAGCCGGCCGCGCCCAAGUGCGCUACAACGACGUCGACGCUCCUCCCUCGAACCACGACCGCCGACCACCCGCACCAGACCGCUACCCCCGCGGCUACGACCGCGACUCGAGGGCCCCAGACUACCACGCCACCGCGGGCAGGGACUACGACCGCAGGAGGAGCAGGAGCCCUGUCCGCCGAUCUGGACCAGGCGCGCGAGCAGAUGAACCCAAGAGGGACCGCCCGAGGGCCUACGACUACGACGACGACUACUACCGCAGGGACGACCGAGACCGCCGCCGUUCGCGCUCCCCUCCUCCACCACGGCGCCGCGGAUACUCGCGCUCGCCUUCCCCUCCUCCUCGCCGCCGACGCGACUCGCGCUCGCGCUCGAGGUCCCGCACCCGCUCGCGUUCGCCGCCGCCCGCACCUCGAGACCGCCGCCGCGACGACAGCGACGAGGCGGCGACGGACGCCAGGGGCAAGGCGCCGACGGCCGACGAUGCGGCGCAGGUCGCAGAGGAGGACAUUGCACGCAUGAUGGGCUUUGGCGGGUUCGGCACGACCCAGGGCCAGCAGCACGACGACAAGGUGUCGGCCGUCUCGAAGAAGCAGAAGCGCGAGUACCGCCAGUACAUGAACCGCAAGGGAGGGUUCAACAGGCCGCUCGACAAGAUCCGGUAGCCGCGCCUCGGCUCGCAGAGCUGUGCAGCAGGAGGGAGCGGGCGUGCAACGCGUUCGUUCAUGGCCGC